AGUGCAGUGGCGCAAUCUCGGUUAACUGCAACCUCCGCCUCCUGGGUUCAAGCAAUUCUCCUGCUUCAGCCUCCCAAGCAGUUGGGAUUACAGAGAAACAGCCCCACCACCCACCCUGGCAAAUGCCUGAAGCCCACAUGCAGCCGCAAACAUCACUGCCCACCACAGACCACAGAAGCAAGAAGCCUGUUUCCUGUUACUUGCCACCACUCAGCAAUGCCCACCCCAUAUGUAAACAGGCCCAGAAUGCUCAAAAUUGUUAUUUCGCUGCUGCAACAUUGGAGCUGUCCAUCAUCUCGGACACACACUUUUGUAAACCAAUAACAAAGGAUCAACUUUCUUCUAGGUCUGAAUUGAAUACUUUGAGGCUAAAGCAUCUUAACUCAUUUAGGGGGUGGAAAAUAUUAACCCAAAUAAGCCUUACCUAACUACAAUGCCCUGCUGCUGCUCAUCUCCCUUCAUUCGUUUGUACUCAUACCCAAAAGAGGUUGUGAUUUUUUCCCUUUCAUUCAAUAACAAUUUUCCUUGAUUCUUAGAUAAGAUCAUUCCAUAAUGUACUCCUUAAUUGUUCUGAAUUUCUUUCAGAGAAAAACUGGAAAAGACAUUAAAUCAUGUUGAAAUAUUUGACUGACUUUCAUCUAGGAAAAAAUAUAAAGUUAAAUCUCUACACUAAAAUCUAAACAAAAUAAAAAUAAAUUUCAGUAAGACCCAAACAUUUCCUUUUAAAAAUCUAUAUCACAUUAUAUAUGUAACUGAGGAAUGUAAUAAUAAUUUUGAUGUGUAGAACUGAAGACAAUAUCAAGUAACCCUCAAAAUGCAAAUUCAAGAAACAAGAUAGUUAUGUUAGCAUGCAUUAAAAUAAAAAUAUCUGUGUGACAA